CCACGUCCAGUUGCAGGGUUCAGGUUAGCCUUCCCACUUCUGGCCCUCAUCCCACUUCAUCUUUUUUGGUCUUCUAAAAUAAUGAAACCACCCCGCGCUCCCAACCCAUCUAACGCCACCCCAUCGUUCACCCCCGUCUUUCACCCCAUCUAACGACCCACCACUCUCUAGCAUCAGCUGCAGAAGCUCAGACACCAACAGCAGGAGCUAUAAGCAUAGCUUCCUCCAUCGGUGAUCCCACACCGACUCCAGGAGCUAUUGUUCCCGACCACCUUCGGCCUCUUACAACCGGCGAAGCAUCCCCAUUGUCAAGCGGGUACGCCACUCCGACCGAAUCCUCACAGCAUCGUCGCCCUCCCAAGAGUAUUCGCCCUUUCGCUCGCGCAAUCAUGGCGUUCGAGAAGAGCCGCAAGUUUUCGACGGGCACUUCGGUGCACCGUAAGCGCCAGAUGAGCACUCUGGUUGAGAAGGAGGGUCACUUCGGACCUGCUCUCACGACACUCUAUCUGGGCAUUUCGGCUGUCUUCUCCGAUGACCACACCGCAGUUGUGGCCCUGGCCAUCCAUGACACCGUCUACCUGGUUGACUUUUCUGUCAAGCACAUCAUUCUCGACGAUGCCAUGAAGAUGGGCGCGGACCUCAUUGCCGACUAUGUCAUCUCCGAGGUUGAGAAGUACGAGCAUGAGAACUUCUCCAAGUUCAUCGGCGCCGGUCUCCCGACCACGCUCAAGUACAUGAGUCCCACUCUCUGUUCCCGUCUGUGGCUGGACCUUGACAUUGUGCCCAUUGUGAUGCGGCCCGAUGACGAGCACAAGGAGAAGUCUUUCUGGGAUGUCAAGCGAGUUGAUGAGCAAGCUGAUUCGAUGGCACGCAAGUGCAUUAUGAACUUCGGCCCUUCUCUCGUUCCUCUACUUCAAGUUGGCUGGCGAGGCGUCGUCCAGACGGAUGCCGGCUUCCGUGCUCAUCUGACCACAGUCCAGAACCACAAGGACACCUGUGGUCUCUCAACAUGGGAAACCAUGUUGACUUUCGCCAAGAAGCUCCGAGGCAACAAGACAAAGGUCGCGUUCUUCAGCUCUACUCCUCAAGGAGGCGGUGUCGCAUUGAUGCGCCAUGCAUUGGUGCGAUUUGCUCGCCUCAUGGGCGUAGACUUGACUUGGUAUGUGCCGAAGCCGCGGCCUGGUGUGUUUCGCAUCACCAAGAACAUCCACAACAUUCUCCAAGGCGUCAGCCAUCCGGAUCAGCGCAUCUCAGCCGAGGAAAAGCAGGCCAUCAUUGACUGGAUCACCGAAAAUGCGAGCCGAUACUGGUUCUCCGAGGGGGGCCCGCUGUGCUCCCCGGAGGAAGGGGGUGCUGAUGUUGUAAUUAUCGACGACCCGCAAAUGCCGGGUCUCAUCCCCCUGAUCAAGAAGGUCACUCCGGACCGCCCGGUUCUCUACCGAUCGCACAUCCAGAUUCGCAGCGACCUUGUUGCCAAGGCGGGCUCACCGCAAGCCGACAUCUGGGACUUCCUCUGGAGCAACAUCCAAGGAUGUGACAUGUUCAUCAGCCAUCCGAUCCCAAUCUUUGUCCCCCACACCGUCCCACGUGAGAAGGUGGUCUAUCUCCCUGCCACCACUGAUUGGCUGGAUGGCCUCAACAAGCAUCUCAACAAGUGGGAUUCUGGUUAUUAUGGCCACAUCUACAAUGUUGCCUGCCACUCUCAGCGCAUGACCGAGCUCAACUGGCCCGCCCGCAAGUACAUCAUCCAGGUUGCUCGGUUCGAUCCCUCCAAGGGCAUUCCUACCGUGAUCGACUCGUACGCCGAGUUCCGCCGCCGGUGUGAGAAGGCGGGUCUGACUGACGUUCCUCAACUGGUUGUCUGCGGCAACGGCUCGGUCGAUGACCCCGAUGCCAGCUUGAUCUACGACCAGACCAUGAGCCAGCUGGAGACGUACUAUCCUGACCUGGUCAAGGAUGUCAGCGUUAUGCGCUUGGACCCCAACGACCAGCUCAUCAACACCCUCCUGGCCAACGCCCACGUCGUUCUCCAGCUAUCCACCCGCGAGGGCUUUGAGGUCAAGGUGUCGGAGGCUCUCCACGCCGGCCGGCCCGUCAUCGUCACCAACACGGGUGGCAUCCCGCUGCAGGUCAAGGACAAGGUCAACGGCUUCCUCGUAGCGCCUGGUGACUGGAAGGCUGUCGCGGGCCACCUGAUGGACUUGUUCACCGACGACGAGCUCCACAAGAAGAUGAGCCAUGCUGCACGAACCGGCGUGUCGGACGAAGUCGGCACCGUCGGAAACGCCCUCGCUUGGUUCUACCUCGCUGCCAAGUGGAACGAGGUGGGCGUCGAGAAGCACGGCAAGGGCGGCCUCAAGGGCAACGAGCGGUGGGUCAACGACAUGGCCCGUGAGGAGGCCGGCUUCCCUUAUGCCGAAGGCGAGAACCGGCUGCCAAGACACUUCACGGAGAACAAGGAGGUCCCGAUCCAUACUAAGCCUUCCGCUUGAGGGUUAUUCUAACAGUGAUGCCGUGGAAAUUCUCCUUUUCUGCGAUGCCUUGCAACAAAGUUGAUCCAGAUCUGGUCUUGUUUUUAAAAAGGUUCUGGCGCGGUGAGCAACAGGGAUGAGUGAUUUUGGGAUCUUUCACACAAUUCAACAAGGAGUGCUAGAGAGACCCAGGGGCUCUACAGGGGUUACAUCGGGACGAUAGGAUGAAGAGUGCCUUGACUUAGAUGCCGUAGCCAACAAGGCAUAGACUGAUGGGUCUGUGGACGACCCAUGGCUACGAAUACACAUCUUGCUGCACUG